AGAUAGCGGCGUUAAUCAUUAACUGGACAGUGAACCUUUGGAGUUUGAUAUGAUGAUCACACACACACCUGAUGACACGUGAACACAAUGACUCGGCUCUGAUCGGACGGAGGUGAUCCUGAAAUUGCUCAGUGAGCACCUUUAAUUUCCCUGAUUUACAUUUUGCUGUCAAUCACACCCAAUGGAAUCCAAUCAGAAAGCAGGCGGGGACGGACUGGCCGGGACGCAGAAGGAGGCGGCGCUUCGGGCGCUGAUGCAACGAACCGGAUACCAACUGCGGCAGGAGAACGGACAGCGGCGCUAUGGAGGACCACCGCCCAGCUGGGACGGACCCCCACCGGAGAGGGGCAGUGAGAUCUUUGUGGGGAAACUACCGAGAGAUCUGUUUGAAGAUGAGCUGGUUCCUCUGUGCGAGAAGUUUGGAAAGAUCUACGAGGUGAGGAUGAUGAUGGACUUCAACGGGAACAACAGAGGUUACGCCUUCGUCACCUUCAGCACCAAACUGGAAGCCAAGGCAGCCAUGAAGCAGCUCAACAACUAUGAGAUCAGGAACGGCCGCCUCCUCGGCGUCUGCGCCAGCGUUGAUAACUGCCGUCUGUUUGUGGGCGGGAUUCCCAAAACCAAGAAGCGUGAGGAGAUUCUGACGGAGAUGAGGAAGGUCACAGAUGGAGUUGUGGACGUCAUCGUGUAUCCCAGCGCUGCCGACAAAUCCAAGAACCGAGGCUUCGCAUUCGUUGAGUACGAGAGUCACCGAGCGGCCGCCAUGGCUCGACGCAAACUGCUGCCAGGUCGUAUCCAGCUGUGGGGUCAUGCCAUCGCUGUGGACUGGGCGGAGCCUGAGGUGGAGGUAGAUGAGGACACCAUGGCAACGGUGAAGAUCCUGUACGUGAGGAACCUGAUGCUGCAGACCACCGAGGAGAGCAUCGAGAAGGAGUUCAACAGCCUCAAACCAGGUGCAGUAGAACGAGUGAAGAAGAUCAGAGACUAUGCCUUCGUCCAUUUCACUCAGAGGGAGGACGCCAUCAACGCCAUGAAUGCUCUCAACGGGAAGGUUCUGGACGGUUCCCCCAUCGAGGUGACUUUAGCCAAACCGGUGGACAAGGACAGCUAUGUCCGUUACACCAGAGGAACCGGAGGACGAGGAAGUUCUCUGUUGCAGACUGACUACACAGCAUACACCCUGGGACAGGUCUACGAUCCGUCAGCGGCGUACCUCGGUGCACCGGUGUUCUACGCCCCCCAAGCCUACGCUACCAUCCCAGGUCAGUUCCGCUUCCCGGCAGCCAAAGCUCACGUUGGAGGUCGAGGUCUUGUCCGGACGCCGUCGGUCAGAGAAAUUUACAUGACUGUACCUGUAGGGGCUGCGGGGGUGCGGGGGCUGGGUGGGCGGGGCUACCUGGCCUACGCUGCUGGGGGUGGAGCCGUGGGUCGAGGGGGUGGCGCCUCCUACGGCCUGAAGGUGGACAAACAACCUGAGGAGAAGCUGUACGACCUGCUGCCAGGUAUGGAGCUGACCCCCAUGAACCCUGCCGCCAUGAGCAUGAAGGCCACCGCCAUCAAACCUGCAACACAGGUGUUGGAGGAGCUAUGUCAGAAGAAUAACUGGGGUCUUCCCGUCUACCAGCUUCAUUCUGCCAUCAGUCCUGAUCAGAGACAACUGUUCCUCUACAAGAUCACCAUCCCAGCUCUGGCUACCCAGUACCCCAACGUUCACCCCUUCACCCCCACUAAGCUGUGUGUGGCUGUAGAAGAAGCUAAAGUUCAUGCAGCUGAACACACCUUGCAGACGCUCGGCCUGCAGACGGAGGGCGCCGCUGACGCUGCUGCAGCCGCCGUGGCCUCGGUGGCCUUCCCAGGUAUGUGAAGGCUACUCGUCCUCCCAGCUGAAGCAGACUCUCUCUCAGGAUCUGACGUUCGCCUACGAAGGUUAUCCGGCGUUCACUGUGGCAACCAGACACACCGACGGAUACGGAGUUUUCUAGAACAUCAAGUUCUCCAUCAGGUUCUCCAGCUGCAGCGACGUUCUCCACUGGAAGCUUCUCGGACUGUUCUAUUGUUCUACAUCAGAGAAUCUGACCGCAGUCUGUUCUCUCUGUUUUAUAAAAACUGUUCUAGAGUCAGGAGAACCUCCAGGAACCUUGAAAGGACCUUCUAUUCCAGCUCACCAUCACAUGUUCUCUCAGUAUUUAUUUUACUGCUGACUGUGGUUCUCUGCAGUAUGUGAACUUGUUCUUCAUAUGAUCAGAGAACACUCUUAAUCCAACAGAAAAUAAUCUUUAAAUCUUAAUAUUCACAUCACCUAAAACCCAAUGAUUGUUUUAUUAGAACCAGACGGAGGGAAUGUUCUAAGUUCUAUUAUCAUUCAUGAAAAUACAGAUUUCUGAUGUUUUUUUUACAGUGAACUAGUAAAUUAAAACUUUUUCAAACUUCCCUAUUUGUCUAAAUGUAAAAAUAAAAAGUCUCCAUUUUACUGAGGAUCAUCUAAAUCCAGAAUCCACUCAGAACUCAAAGGUUCCUCGAGGUUCUUCUUCUAACAUCUGUCAGCUGCAGUUUUAAUCAAACCUCCUAGUCUCAUGUGAUUGAUUAUUUUCAGAUAUCGAUCAGGUUUGUCUCAGAAGCUGCUGCUGGGAAACGUCUUCGUCCUACUGUUCUCAAUCUGACGUCUGCAGCUCAGUGAUUGAUUAAUCAGCCUGUGAUCGGCUGAUCGGUUUCCUUUUCUACUCGUAUGUUUACAAUAUUUAGAUAUUACGGUUUGUGAUUAUGUGUUGAAGACAGCUGGGAUUUGUAGUUCUUUAAAGGUGUCACCAUCAGCUGCCAGUCAGUCCAGGUAGAACCAGUUUCCAGGAGUUUUUAACGUUGGUUCUGGAGGAAUCAGAGGCGUUUUUCUCUCUCGUCUUUAACAAAUUUCCAGUUUAUUUCCUGUUUUUUCUCCUUCUCAUGUUUGUAUGAACCAGACCUGAAACUGUCUUCGUGAAGCUUCUAGUCUGUUUCUGCUUUAAGACACCUGAAGCAUCAAACCUUCACUGGCUCGUUUCCGUCCAAACGGAGAACAAAGUUGAACAAACUUUUAAGAGAAUCAGAAAAAGAACCUCCAUCGGCUGCUGCUCUAUAAACACAAAGCUGUGAAUGAAGUUGUAGAAUCUCCAGAUGGAAGAAAACAACCUGCUGGUCCAGUUUCUCAUGUUUAGCUGGAUGUUGUGGAUUCAGAGCAGAUCGAGGGUCUCCAGGAACUCAUUUCUACCAGUUUGUCUAUUUUUCUUGAGCAAAAGCCACAACGUUGAGUUCGACUGAUUGAACACAAACAAUCUUUGACUGAUUAAACUUUAAUUUAUGAUAUAUAUAAUUUAUGAUAAAAAAUUGGCUUUUGCUGAAAUAAAAAGUCAAACUGCUGCCAUGAGUUGGUCUGAAGGUCUGUUAACUGAACACUUGUCUACCUUUUACACUCUAAGUCUCACUACAUUCUACACAAAGAUUCACUUUACUGUGGACUGUCCUUCAUUCACAUGCAAAAGAAAGUUACAGAAUUCACAUCAAAGCAGAAAAGACAGAUAAAGUCUGAUGUUUCUGCAGUGUUGGUCGCUAACAAAACUUAACGUUCAUCUUCAGUGCAGAAACCAAAAGACGUUUCUGGUCCCUGAUGGCCAGAUUUAUUCCUACAGGCUGGAACAAGACAAAAGAGACACAAUAUCACCAAAAAGAGACACAAAACAACCACAAAGAGACACAACACAACCACAAAGAGACACAAAACAACCACAAAUAGACAUAAAACGACUAAAAGAGACACAAAACAAGCACAAACAGACCUACUGUGGUAGAAGAAUCAGUUCGUUGAAGACCUUUAUCUGCUUUGCAACUCAAAAUCCACAUUAUUUAUCUGAAUAUGAUGAAACUACAGCAGCAGGGAUGAAAGGCUGGAAUUUCUAUCAAAUCUGGCAGGUUUUUGUGAGAUGCAGAAUGAGCAGGAGAACACCCUGAAUGAAGGUAUCUCUGUGAGCUGGAUGGUUUUGUUGAGUCCUUUAAAGGUUCUGGAGUAAUAAAAGUGUCAGAAAUGUAAAUCUGCUCCAGUUUGGUUUGAGAAAGUUUUCCACCUCAGACGUCUGAGAACAUUUCCAGCUUUCAUUAGGCUGUUAGAACCCAUUGGAUGGAAGCUCACCUAGUGUUUGAUGUUCAGCUUCUCUUUUGUCCACAUCGUUGAUUAAACUACAGUGAACUAAAACACUACAGGAAGCUGAAGGUGUUCCUGGUUGAGGAUUAGAGAGAAAAACAAUCAAUGAAUCGAUGCGUCUCCUGGUGCCAGAAGCACUUUGAGGACUCCUGGUAGCGGUGGUAGCUGGUCCUGGUGGUGAACAUGAACCGGUCCAACAGGGAGCUCAGUCUGAGCUGAUAUUUGCUUGGUAUCGUCGUCUGAAGGAGUUCUACGACAGCUGUGAACAUGCAGAGACAGUAUUAAAGUGUGUGAAGCACUUAGAACUUAUUUUUAUACCAGGAAAGAGUUAAAAUCCAGACUCUGUUUGUGGAGCUUCAGUAAUUGAGAGCUGAAUCAGUCUGAUGAGCAGAGAGGAUUGUGGGUAUUGCUGGAGGGUAAAACUGCUUCAUAAAUUUGUAACAUUUCAUGAUCCAUAAUCUUCCGUGAAUAAACACGUGUUGUUAUUUUACGGCUGA